AUGCUGCAACAGUUCUUCAAGGACAGCAACCUUCACAACCUGUUAACGUCCCCAGAAGAUGCAAAAUUCGCAAUCGAUUUCAUCGCCCAGAAUGUCGACGUCCAUGAGGUGAGUCCUCCUCCAUGCCCCCGUCAGUCCUUUUUGUUUGUCUUCACAUUUUCUGAUGCUCAAAAAUGGCCUGUGUACAUUUUUUACAGUUUCGCACUGUUUUCUUUUCAAUUCUUGCCACAGAGGCCUAGGGGGAGGUCUUUUUUAGCCCUGCGACAGCGCUGACAUCGUGGAUUGCCACUUGGUGCGCCUAGUCACUCUCUUUUCUCGAGAAAGAAGCAAACACUGGCAUUCACCGCUUCGCGCUCUCAGGACCGUGUUGCCAGCACACAACCUGACCUUGAAGAGCUCAGUUAGGCAUGGGUUUGUGCACACGUGAGCACCCACACGCACCCGUGUCUCAGGCGUGUACUUUGUGUGGAGUACCGUCGUUUGACCCUCUGCUUUAAUCGUCAGCAUAGUGCAGGCACGUGGAAUUGCGUAGAGGCUCUUGCCAGAUUCCUGGUGAAAUAGCACAGCGUAAUGCCGAUGAUAUUGCCUUAGUUGCUUCAAGUUUUGGUGAUCUGUAGUCUAUGGUGCCACGGGUGAACGAGGUCGGUAAAUCGGUCGGUUUAUCCAUAAACGUUGAGAAGACCGAAGUGUUUUCAAACUGCAUUCCUGACCAGGAGAAGGCACCCCUCGGGAUUGAUGGCUGUCAACUUGAAGGAGUAGGCAGUUUUUAAUACCUCGGGGCGAGGCUGCUGCCGAAUGGGCAGAGAAAGGACGACAUUGUCUCCCGAAUCGAUGCUGCCCGAUGGGUUUUCUCGAGUUUUAGAAAAUGCCUAUGGAUCAGACGCGACCUCCCCAUCGCUACUAAGAUUCGCGUGUACCUUGCAUUCGUCCUGUCUGUCCUUCUCUGUGGCUGUGAACGAUGGGCCGUGCGCGUGGAGGACGAACGAAAUCCAGAGGUAUUUAACCGCCACUGCUCGAGGAUCAUCCUUCGAGUGAAGUACACUGAGUUCGUCUCAAAUCAGACAGUCUGCUCUCGCUGCGACAACAUUUCAAGGAUAACUAAGGCCAUCCAAGAAAGCCGACUCGGAUGGUUCGGGCAUGUUCGUCGUCCGCUUUAGAGCUCAGUGUUACUGUUUUUUUUUGAUCCGGCACCGUUACCCCAUUGGAGGCGUCGAAGAGGGGGUCAACUCAAAACCUGGCUCGACACAGUUCGUCAAGACAUGGAGGUGGUUCUUGGACCUUCGGUAUUCGGUCUCUGUUGUUGCCGAAGGGAAUGGAUUGAGCUGUCCAGAUCUGCUGCCGCGGAUCGUCACGCGUAAAGAGGUACAGUUCUGGACAUCAUCGAGGCCGGCUAGAUCAGGCAUGAUCGCAGCCGUAUCAAGUACAAUUAAGUACGCCUGUCAACUGGGAUAUUUCGGCCAGAAUCGUAUAACCUCCGAGUUUGUGUCAUGUGACUAGAACCCGUGCUGCUCUUCGAAGGUUAACAACUGACGUUUUUUUCGUCCUACCUGAAAACAAACUUUUUGGGAGCUCAAGCAAACGUGUGUCGAACCCGCCCGCGCCUACUAAGCAUUACGUUGUUAAUCUGAAGGACACGACUCAGCCUCAUGUUUGGCGGCUGCCAUGAGACCACAGUCCAAUACAUUGUGCUCCCUUGCGUUCUGUCCCUGCAUAUUACUAACAGUGCGUGCGUUCUUUAAAAUGGUUUGUCGUUAAGAUACUUCACUGCCUUGCACCUAUGCUCUGCUAACAUAUAAACAGUCAUGCAGGUUAUGGGAUACUUGUAACAGCAGAGCAUGGAAGACUAAGUGCCAUCAAACAUGUUCGGAACGUGUUGGUCAGUCUUCACAAUGAUGCGGAUGUAGUUCUCUCACGGGCCUUUCAACCUACUUUCAGCCAUCGCACACUAUGUUUCUUUCAUCCAGUUCAAUAAGGCGAUGAAAGUCCGCGCCCCUCAACCGCCACAGAGCACCGGUCCGACCACGGCCUUUAAUCGUGGUGCAGCACCCCCUGUUCCGUCUUUCUCUAACCGGCCCACAGUACCGCCGCCUCCAGUUCCAACCAAUUUUCCCCCUCCCCCCACUGUGCCACCACCACCGCCACCGGGGCGAGCAGCACCGCCGCCGCCACCUCCGGGACGAAUGCCUCCGCCGCCGACACCGCCCCCGCCGCCUCCACCACCUCCGCCCUCUGCUGGAGGCGGUACUGGCAGGGCACCACCACCUCCACCCCCACCUCCGCCACCACCAGCGUCGGGUGGCCAGCCGCCUGUUCCUGCGCCGAGAGGUCAUCCGCCUGGAGGUGGUUUGCCUACGACGACCGCUCCUAUUGAUCUGCAGUCAGAAAUCCAAAACUUCAACAAAGGGCAUCUUAAAAAGGUAUAUCUUUCUGAAGUCCAACUUGUGCGAAAUCAGGCCUUUUCGUAGCACUUCUCAUCGCGCUACCUGUUGUCGAGUUUGGUCCAUCGACAAGGCAGGCGAUUGGCCACUGAGACUGUACAGUUGCCGAAUUCAAAUUAGAGUAAUACUUCCGCCAGUAUUUCAUAUACGCCCACUUUUCCUACUUUGUGUUCAAUCAAGACGCGCUGAGGCGCGCAGAUGUGCAUGUAACACCGAUUCAGAAAAACUUACGAAGACCCAUUUAUUUAGUGAAAUUAUUAUGUGAGGAUUUACCACCGCCGCCACCACCACCGCCACCAUUACCACCACCACCACUUUCCAUUGAUAAUGUCACAAGCCGUUUCUUUGGGAAGCUCGGUCACGAAAAUUCCAAUGACGCGGCUACAAGUAGAAGUUAUUCAGAGGUUAUCCUUAUCCGUCGUCUUCCAAUCCAAUACCUGCAAUGUACAGGGCGCGUUUUUCCCCUAUUAUGUUGAACUUCUCGGGAAAACCGCCUGUGUUAGCAGCGCGUAAUUUCACGGGAUCCGGAUUCUGCAGCGCAGAAUACCGAGUACUUCUAUCGUUACUGCCGUUGAGCACAACAGUGGCCAACGACCACUCAGCUAGGCAAAUAACUUUGGAAAGGUAUACUACUAGCUUUUCUACCUACCGUUUUCUCGAAACCAAUGACUUCGAUUAUCUUAUUGGCUGGUGACUGUCCAAUCACAGAUAAGUGCACAAGAAGCCGACUAAUAGUGCUUGGUACGCACGCCCUGCGGCAACCAUCCAUCACCGAAAACCCGUCUUGUCCUUUAUGAUCUGAGAGGACUUAAACAAACGUAUAAAUCGUCCGGUCUGUUUCAGGUGGAAGAUCACCCUGGACCUAUAAGCCCGGUAAGCAGUGGAGACGGUCACAAGGACAUGUUGGCUGCCAGUCUGAGUCAAGCUCUGAAUAAUCUCCUAGCUUCGCGACGGGCCUAUCUCUCGGAUGACUCCAGUGAAGACUCAGACUUUUAA